AGAGUAAUUGUACUUAUGCCAUUUUUCUUGCAUGCAGCGGCCAGUGAAGUGCCAACUGCUCCUCUCUCAAAGAUCAGAGAGCAAGUGACAACCCUUUGCAUCAACAUUCUGCACUCUUAUCGUAAAUUCUGUGCCACAGUGUCAUCCUCGGGACAACUUAUCCUUCCGGAGGCACUUAAACUUCUUCCUCUUUACACACUGGCUUUGCUUAAAAGCACUGGACUUAGAACUGAUGGACAGAUCGAUAGUAGGUCCUUCUGGAUUAAUUACGUUUCCCCACUCUCUACUCCAUUGGCAAUCCCUCUGGUCUACCCUAGAUUGAUAGCCAUUCACGAACUCGAUACAGAGGAGAAUGGCGAUUCUCUUAUUCCUCCUUCUAUUCCACUUUCCAGUGAACAGAUCAGUGACAACGGGAUCUAUCUUCUCGAGAAUGGCGAGGACUGUUUGAUAUAUGUUGGGAACUCUGCAGAUCCUAGUGCUAUCCGUCAGCUGCUAGGCAUUUCAUCUGUUGAAGAAAUUCCUGCUCAGUUUGUUCUGCAGCAGUAUGACAAUCCACUUUCUAAGAAGCUCAACGAUAUCAUUAAUGAUAUUAGACGCCAAAGGUGUAACUUUCUCCGGUAUGAUUCUUCUUUUUAUGUGUAUUUGCUCCUCUCUUUACUUCUACCUUUUAGGAGAUGGUCCCUCAAUUACAUUUCAUUACUUAUAAAUCAAAAGGAAUGUAAAUGGUGAAGUCUUACCUAUAAC